AUGAUAUUCCGAAAGAUUAAUAAAGGAAGCCAGUCGAUAACUUCCGUUACUUCCGGAAGUAGUAGUUCAUCUGGAGCUGGAAACGAGGAUAACUCUCUGAAACCUAACUUGCCUGCCUGGGAUAUCCUGGAAGCUGUUCCUUAUGUUGUUGAUGCUGCUUUAACAGCAUGUGCUCAUGGAAGACUUUCUCCACGUGAACUGGCCACAGGGCUAAAAGAUUUAGCUGACUUUCUGCCUGCAUCUUUGGCGACCAUCGUUAGCUACUUCUCAGCUGAAGUAAGUCGAUGUGUAUGGAAACCUGUUGUUAUGAAUGGUAUGGACUGGCCAAGCCCUGCUGCAAAUUUGUCCAAUGUCGAGGAUCAUAUCAAGAAAAUCCUAGCAGCCACCGGUGUCGAUGUCCCUAGACUUUCUGCAGGUGAUAGUUCUCUAGCUACUCUUCCGCUACCGUUGGCUGCUUUUGUAAGUCUCACCAUUACUUAUAAAAUUGACAAAGCCUCGGAAAGAUUUCUCAAUUUGGCUGGCCCGGCUUUGGAGUCCCUUGCAGCAGACUGCCCAUGGCCUUGCAUGCCCAUCGUGGCUUCCCUGUGGACCCAAAAGGCGAAGCGAUGGUUUGACUUCCUUGUUUUUUCUGCAUCUCGCACCGUUUUUCUCCAUAACAGUGAUGCUACCGUUCAACUUCUUAAAAGCUGUUUCACUGCUACACUUGGCUUGAACAGCGCACCAAUCUCCAGCAAUGGUGGUGUUGGAGCUCUUCUUGGCCAUGGAUUUGGGUCACAUUUCUGCGGUGGGAUUUCACCUGUUGCUCCAGGGAUUCUCUAUCUGCGCAUUUACCGUUCCAUGAGAUAUAUCAUGUUCAUAAAUGAAGAGGUGAUUUCUCUCUUGAUGCAUUCUGUUAGAGAAAUAGCAUGUAGUGGUAUGCUAAAGCAGAAAAUAAAGAAGCUGAAGACGAGCAAGAAUGGAAUGAAAUACGGGCAGGUUUCUCUUGCUGCAGCAAUGAAUAGAGUGAAACUCUCAGCCUCCCUAGCUGCUUCUUUAGUAUGGUUGUCCGGUGGCCAUGGUCUGGUUCAUUCAUUGAUAAAGGAAACUCUUCCCUCUUGGUUUAUAUCUGUUCAUAGGUCCAACCGAGAGGAAGGAUCAGGGCUUGUGGCAAUGCUUGAGGGAUACGCACUUGCAUAUUUCACGGUGCUUUGUGGUGCCUUUGCUUGGGGAGUCGAUUCUUCAUCAUCAACAUCAAGGCGGCGAACUAAAAUCCUCGGGUCACACAUGGAGUUCCUCGCAAGUGCACUUGACGGAAAGAUAUCGCUCGGUUGUGAUGGAGCCACGUGGCAUGCCUACGUGUCGGGAUUCGUGAGCCUAAUGGUCGGUUGCACCCCGAAUUGGGCCCUAGAUGUGGAUGUAGGUGUGCUAAGCAGGUUAAGUAAGGGACUGAGACAAUGGGAUGAAGAGGAACUUGCUUUGGCCUUGCUUGGCAUUGGAGGUGUUGCAACAAUGGUUGCUGCUGCUGAACUCAUAAUUGAACACUGCGACUCCUAA